AUGGCGUAUCUCAGACCAGGGAUCAAGUCAGAUGCCACUUGUAUCAUCGUUCGCAACCGCGUCAAUCCCGAACGAAAUGCCAUAUUCAAGCUCUACUCGUUCAUUACUAUUUGGGGAGCCGGCACGAUGUAUGGAUCGAUCAACUACUCUAGCUGGAAAGGAGCCCUCACGAGCCAGUGCGGCUUCUCGUCCUGGUGCCACCGUAUAAGAUGUAGACUCUCGCUUGGUAAAGGCACCCAGGAGUUUGUCUAUAUUUGCUCGGAGAAGCAGUUUGCCGCUGCUAUUGAUCUCAUGUCGAAAGACGGAGCUGAUCUUGAAUUCGAGAUUGUUCACAAAUACAAAUGGCUUCGUGUGAAGAAAUAUGGAAGGGAUGGUGCUAGUCAUAAGUAUGCAUCUGAUUUCUAUGAUGCUGUUGAGAACCAGGAAUGCUUUGAGAGAUGCGAUCUAGAUUGA